AUGUCGUCGUCGAGACUUUGCGAUUCGUGCAAAUCGGCGUCAGCGACUCUUUUCUGCCGCGCAGACGCGGCGUUUCUCUGCGGCGAAUGCGACGGAAAGAUCCACACGGCGAACAAACUCGCUUCACGGCACGAGCGAGUCUGGCUCUGCGAGGUUUGCGAGCAAGCUCCUGCACACGUCACGUGCAAAGCCGACGCCGCCGCUCUCUGCGUCACGUGCGACAGAGACAUCCACUCAGCGAAUCCACUCUCUCGCCGCCACGAGCGCGUCCCCGUCACGCCUUUCUACGACGCUCCCGGAUCAUCGGCCAAAUCAGCCUCUUCCACCGUCAAUUUCAACGACGAAGACGCUGACGUCAGCAUGGAGGCUGCUUCCUGGCUCUUGCCCAAGGAAGGAGGAGUAGAAAUCCCGAAUUUGUUUUCCGAUCUGGAUUACUCGACGAAGAUUGAAGCCUCGGAGAAUAGCUCCGGAAACGACGGAGUCGUUCCUGUUCAGAUCAAGAGAUCUCAUCAUCAAUCCAUGUUUCUCAACGAUGAUUACUUCAAUUUCGAUCUCUCCGCUUCCAAAACAACGUCUCCACACGGAUUCACCUUCAUCAACCAAACUGUUUCGUCAAGAUCGGUAGAUGUAGCGCUGGUGCCUGAAGGCGGAGCCACGACGACGACGGCAACACCAGCCGUGCAGUUAUCACCGGCGGAGAGGGAGGCUAGGGUUUUGAGGUACAGAGAGAAGAGGAAAAAUCGGAGAUUCGAGAAGACGAUAAGGUACGCAUCACGUAAAGCAUACGCAGAGAUGAGGCCGAGGAUCAAAGGACGUUUUGCAAAGAGAACAGAUUCGAGAGGAGACAAUGGAGGAGAAGUCGGAGUCUAUGGCGGAUUCGGCGUCGUCCCGAGUUUCUGA